AUGGGCGCCACUCGUCGUCGUCGAUCUUCUCGCCAAUCCUCUAGCCAAGAUUCCCCUUCGGAUUGCUUUGGUAGCUUCAGGGUCUCCCAGGACCCACCCCUUACUAUACCCCAGGCGGCCGGCAUCAACCCACAUCCCGCCGCCAAAGUACUCCCCACGAAGUCGGUGGCGAUCGUCGGACCCGAUCCCGUCAUCAACGCCAUUCUCCCCACAGAAGUUCCCAGCAAGCAACAGUUCCGUCACACCCUAGGGAAUCUGGAUCACGAGAAUCAGGAGGCCAUCAACACUGCCCCCGGCACUCUGGCUCUGGGUCCCGCUUACCUCCUAGUCAUCAACCCUCCCCCCGACAGUCUGGCUCUGGGUCCCGCAGACCUUCUGGUCAUCAAUCCUCUCCAGCACAUUCUGGACCUGGAACCCCCGGCUCUCGCUCUUACCGUCCCUCUCCCGCACGCUCUGGGCGCAGCACUCCCUUACGCGCCUCUCCCCGGGAGUCUCAGUACACUCACUCUUCCAGGGCUCCUUCUCGCCACUCUUCUCGUGACCACCCACUAG